GCACAUCAGGCGGACAGAGACAGAACGUGUGAUCCAGACAGCUGACACCGGAGCUUUCUGCAUGUCCGCCGUUACACAUCUGUCUCCUCGCCGGUGGAUCUGGUCACGCGCACCGUCGCAGCAGCAGCCGUCCGCCGCGCGCCUCUGUCCGUGCGGGAGCACAUUAUAGAGACCUGGCGAUGAUGGCGGACUGUGUUGGUUUUCAAGCACAGAUCGCCUCGAUUAUAGAGAUACUGGCUAAUUCGGCGGUGGCGGAGAUCUGCAAACUGGUGGACGAUGGCUACGCGGCGCUGCGCUCCCAGAUGGAGCAGGAGAGGGAGAAGAACGAGAAGGAGAACGAUGCUCUGAGGCACAAGCUGCGAGACAUGGACGUGAAGAUGCGGAGCUACGAGAGGAAGAUUAGGAGAAGGAGUCAGCGGGAAGAAAUGCACGCCGUUCAUUUUAGGCCACCCGAAGGGCCUGAUGACCAUCAGGCUUUGGUGCCACCUCUUCCUGCCACCUCUGAAGACAAAACCUUUCAUCACAUUUCAAAGGAGGAAGAAUCUAUGGUGUUACCACUGGUGAAACAGGAGAAUGUGGAGAGAGAUGACUGCAACCUGGACCUCAAGGUAGAAGUCAACAUCAGGGCAGAGUGUGGGCUGACAACUGCCCUGGAUCCUAGUGAGGAAUCUGCCCCCAGUGAUAUUGGUCUUGACACCAGUGUCACCAACAUCACCUCCUCCACCACUCAGCCCUCCUCCCCCACUGACACCACGGUGGACCUGACCUACAGGCCUCGAGCAAAACGCAAGGCCACCAAGCCUGUGGGGAACAGUUUGUCAGUGAGUGGUGGGGGGAUCCUAACCCCUGAGGCAGCACACAGGGACCUUGGAGGGAACCUAACAGAUGGAGCACCGAAGCCAGAGAUCCAGACUGAUAAUAUGACAGAAGAUGAACUUCACCCUUCUCAGCUGUCAGCCCCUGUAGCCUCAGAUGAGCACAGUCCUGACCGCCUCAAUAGCCUGGGCCUGGACCUGGCAUGGAUGCAGGAGAGGGUCAGUCAUCUUGGUGCUGCAUAUGCUGUAGCACAGCUGGGACUGGGGAACACAGAAACUGGCCACCCUUCAGCCUCCUUCCCCACACAGGCAGGAGCAGACAAUUUAGAAGGACCUCCAACCAUGCUCUUCCCAGGUGGUGCUCAUGAAAUGGCAGCUUUCGCCGCCUCUUUUGACAUGGCUGCUGCCGCCGCUGCCGCAGCUGCUGCCGUAGCUGCACCACCUCCACCACCUCCUCCACCACCUCCUCCACCCCCUCCCCCAACAGCUCCUUCCGCCACCACCACCAGCCAGAGGCGGCCUUACAGGAGCAGUGCUGCUGCUAAAGAGCCCAUGGUGUGUGCUGUGUGUGGGUGUGUCUUUCCCAGUACAGUCGCCCUGGAGCUGCAUCAACGGGUGCACACAGGGGAGAGACCCUACACCUGCCCCCACUGUGGAAAGGGCUUUGCCCAGCCCAACAACCUGCGGGUCCACCUCCUCAUCCACACUGGGGAGAGGCGUUAUCGAUGUACACUGUGUGGGAAGAGUUUCAUCUCGUCCAGCCACCUAAAGAGGCACCGCACGGUCCACACACAGGAGAAGCCCUACAGCUGCUCCCGCUGUGGACAGUCUUUCAGCCAAAUGUGUAGCGUUCGCAGACACCGACAGCAGUCCCAGUGUGGUCUGUAGAUUUGGAGAGAGAAAUGAAUGGCAUCUGGAGUUUGGACUCAGUAGGAUCAAAUCCUUCAACUGGGGAAUUCAUUUCAUGCAUUUUAUGUAAACAUGAACAAAAGAGAACCAAGGCUGUAUCCUGUGAUAUCAUGAAAUGUAGAGUUGAUAUUUGUCCUAGAUUCUAGCAGUGAUCUGUGAAUUCUGUGUUUCUGCCUUUUAGCCUUCUCAAUUUUUAAUUACUCCUUGUCUCAAACUGUGAGAGGAUCACUUGAAUAGACUGUAAAAGAGUGCCUGAGACAGCGUUGGAAAGAGUGUGUGAUAUCACUUAAUCCAUCGAUUUGUCAAAUUCUGUAUACACGUAUAUAAACAUAAGGUGAUCCUGGAGGAGAGGGUUAUGGUCCAUAUUGGAUCUUUUUGGCUGAUGGUGGUACAAGGCUGUAAUUACUGUGUACUGUCCAGUGACCACCUGAUGAAGUAGGAUUAACCUUAUAUUGAACUCUCGACAGCUCCAUAAUAUAUUGAUAAUCAGAAAUAUAUCACAAAUCGACAAGGAGUUAAGCACCCGGUGUCAACAUAAUUUAUAUAUUUGCCUUAUCUUACUGUCAUUUCUACAACCAGAUUCACAUUACCUACAGCGUUGGUUGUUUGUUCUAGGACUGCCUGCUCUACAAGAUUUCAUUUGUCACACUGCAAAGACACAAAUAGGUCUAUUAAUGGCACGAUUGAAUCUUGUAGUGCACGCCUAUACUUCUCACAUUUGUACAUAAUUAAGUCUGUCACACUGAUUGUCAGUAUAUUUAUAGGCUCCUCAUUUUUUAACAAAGGGAAACAUGUAAUGCGCUGUCCAUGAGAUUCACUUCUCGGUCUAUUUUCAGAAUUGGGAAACUGAAUCUCAAAUCCUAAAUACAAUGUUUUAAUUUAGUCUCUCAACUCAUGAGGUUUUUCUCCAAAUAAAUAUCCAAAAACAAAGGACUGUAAAAAAAAAAAAAAAAGAAAAUUAAAAA